AUGCUUGCACGCGCCCAAGUCCUCCAAAGUUACACCCCCGCGUGUCUACGUUACAAGGGCGGGUGGGUUAGGGUUAGGGUUAGGGUUAGGGUUAGGGUUAGGGUUAGGGUUAGGGUUAGGGUUAGGGUUAGGGUUAGGGUUAGGGUUAGGGUUAGGGUUAGGGUUAGGGUUAGGGUUAGGGUUAGG